AAAACUUUCAAACUUUAAAUAAAAUACUGACGUUGUUGGUGGUAAUUCCAAUUGGAGGCGUUUGGCGUUUCAAGGGCAAAUGAGUGCCCAAGUCAUUGAAUAUAUUAAGAGCAAUGAAGAAGAAGAAUAUUUGCAGUUAAAUCAGAUGGAUAUAGCAGAGACUGAGGUCAUAGACGAUGGAGACGAGGGACUCGAGCACUGGGAGCAGAACAACAUUACUCUAAUGUUAAAUUUGUAUAUACAGAACCUCGACAAGUUCCGGACUCCUAAAAUUAAAAAGAAAAAUAUAUGGGUGGACAUAGCUAAUGCUGUUGGCAAAUCACCAGACGGCUGUGAUAAAAAAUUUAGGAAUCUUAAACAAACUUAUAUUAGGCUUUUAAAAAAGAAAAAUAAAAAUCAAGUGUCUGAAGUCAAAUGGCCGUACUUUGAAUUAUUUGAAGAAAUUUUUAAUGUCAAUGGUGAGCUGCAACCAGAAAUUCAACAGAGAAUUCAAGAUACAAGUACAGAAAAUGUGGCUAAAGUUUUGUUGUCUAUGAAUAAUCAUGCAUCAUUUGAACCAGAAGUACAAGAAAAUGGUGAAUCAUCAACUAGAUUAAGUGAAGAAGCUAAACACAAAUUGAGUAAAAAAAGAUACUUGGAGUUUCGAAAAGUAACUCUAGAAAUGAGGGAUCGGCAAAGAAUUGUUGAAGAAAAGUUAGAUAAAUUAAUUAACAUAGUUGAAGAAUCUAAUAGUAUACAGAGAGAAAGAAAUAGACUAUUUCAACAGUUUUUGGAAAAGAUGAAUGCUUCUACAUAAGUAGUGUCAGACCUAAACUAUGGGGUUGUGAUUGUUGGCCGAAACCGCAACUUAAAUAAAAAAUAUGAAUGUCUUAUUUAAAAAAAUAAUUUAUCGUAUAAAUUUAAACAUCUCGACAUAUGUGUUUUAUACAAAUAACAGGAACAAAGAAUUUAUGUAGUUGAAUAAAAAUUAUAUUCAUCAUGUGUGAGAGCAAUUGAUUUAAAAAUAUAAAUAUGUGAAUAUGUUUAUUCCUUUGUU